AUGUCCCGCAAGCCCAAGCCCAUUGAAAUCGACGGACGGACCGGCGAAGGAGGUGGUCAAUUAGUCCGCGUCGCCAUAGCCCUCGCAGCAGUCACCUCACAACCAGUCCGCAUCACAAAUGUACGCGGCAACCGUCCUGCCCGUGGUGGAGGAGGGGCCGGAGGGGGCAAUAGCAAAGGAGGCGGGCUCAAAGCGCAACACGUCACGGCGAUCCGCUGGCUCGCAGAAGCAACAGAAGCAGACGUCGACGGCCUCUCCGUAGGCAGCAGCACCCUCACCUUCACACCUAGACUACCGCCCUCCGCCGCCCUCAACAACAACAACAACAACAAGUCCCGCAAGAUUACGAUCGCGGCGGACACGGGCGCCGCAAGCACACUCCUCAUCCUCCAGGCCAUCCUCCCCUUUCUCCUCUACGCAGCCGCUGACCCUGACGUGGACGCCGAGCCCGGGAAUGCCUCGUCCACGUCGCCCAUCGAGCUCGAAAUCACGGGCGGCACAAACGUAGGCUGGUCCCUCUCCUACGAGUACCUCGACCAGGUCCUCCUCCCGCGCCUCGAAUCCUCCUUUGUCGGCAUACACGUCGCCCGGAGACUGGUCAAGCGCGGAUGGAGUCUGGGACCGCAGAGCAGGGGCGCCAUCGCGCUCACGAUCCGUCCCCUGAAACCAGGCCAGACGUUGCGUCCCGCGGUGCCUUCUGACCCACCAGAGGAGAGCACGCAGGACGGACCGCCAGGCAUCCGCGAGGUACGGCACGUGGACGUCUCGAUGAUCGUCCCCGCGCACAUGCACGCCGCCCUCCAGGACAAGUUGGCGCAGGACAUUACCCGCGCCUUCCCUGACGCAGACAUCGACUUCAAGGUCGUCGAGGACUCGGGUCACGACGCGCGAGUGUACACGCUUCUCGUGGCCCGUUCCGCCUCCGGGACGUUGCGUUGGGGCCGCGACGUGCUCAUGUCUACGCCCAAAAAGGGGAAGCAAGGGGGCAAGAACGAGGACGUCGUAUCGCUCGUCAGCCGCAAGGUCGUCGGCGGCCUGGUCAAGGAGCUUUCUAUACGGGGCUCGACAAUGGACGAGUUCUUGCAGGAUCAGCUCGUCAUCUUCCAGGCUUUGGCGGAUGGGACGACGUCGUUCCCGCGUGCCCCUGCCCCGAUAAGUGGUGCUAAUGACGUGGAGGUUGUGAAUCAGGGCGUGGCGCAGUUGGAUCUGGGGGAGAAGAUGAGGAAGGACAGGACGGACAAGCCAUUCGGACACGGCAGCUUGCAUUCUCAGACGGCGAGAUGGGUGGCGUCGGAAAUCCUGCCGUCGGUAGAGUGGUACAACAAGGGAACGAUAUGCAAAGGCGUGGGAAUAAGCUUCAGUUAG